AUGAAUAAUUCAGUAUAUGGCAAAACUUGUGAAAAUUUAAGAAAGCGUGUUGAUGUAAGAUUGGUGACUGAUAAAAGUAAGUUAUCCAAACUUGCAAGCAAGCCAACAUAUGUUAACAGUAAAAUAUUCUCUGAGGACCUUGUUGCGGUUCAUAAAAUCAAAGAAACACUAAAACUCAAUAGACCAACUUAUGUUGGAAUGUGCAUUUUAGAUCUUUCAAAGACACUCAUGUAUGAUUUUCAUUAUAAUUACAUUAAAAAGAGAUACAAUAACAAGGCUAAAUUAUUAUUUACAGAUACAGACAGCCUUUGUUAUGAAAUAGAAACACAGGAUAUUUAUGAGGAGUUAUGGUAGGGUAGAAAUUUGUUUGACAACAGUGAUUAUCCAAAAAACAGUAAAUUUUUUGAUUCAACAACCAAAAAAGUUAUCGGCAAAUUUAAAGAUGAAGCAGCUGGCAUGCCUGUUGUGGAAUUUAUUGGUCUCAGGAGUAAGAUGUAUUCUUAUGUGAAAGAUAAUGGUAAAAAUGAAAAGACAGCUAAGGGUGUCAGAAAAUAUGUUAUUAAAAAGAAUAUAACUCAUGAGAAUUAUAAAAAUUGCUUAUUAAAUCGUAAACAAAUGUUACACAGCAUGCGCACAAUUAGGAGUGAGUGUCAACAGAUUGGCAGCUACCAAUUGAAUAAAAUAUCGCUGCUUUGAUGACAAACGGUAUAUAUACUUGGGGAUGGAAUUACGAGUAAUGCAUAUGGCCACUAUCAAAUAGGGACUUUCCAAAGGAAAUAAGCCAUCGGUCCACAACGCUGCUGGGGGUACAAAGCGGAAGAGCUGUUCCGUUUUUUAUCUUAUAUAGGUCUUAUUAGAUAGGCCAAGUACAACGCUGCUGGGGGUACAAAGCGGAACAGCUGUGUCGUGACGUCAUCAGGUGUUGUGGCGCUCUCACAGUUACAUUUUAUUACUUCUUCAAAUGAGUCUUAUAUAUGAGUCCAAUUCAUUAUUCUCUUCAAUGUGGGAUAUGUUUUGUGUCUCCUUAUUCUGCGCAGUCUCAGUGGGGGCAAAUAUCAUAUAAAAAUAAAAAUCUAUAUAUAGUGUAUAGUAAUGUGUAAAAAAGAAAUUCAUGAGUUAUUGAUCCAAGAGGGUCAGGUUAAUUGUAUCUUUUGAAACAGAUUCAGGACCCCGGUAAGCCCAGACGAUAUUUUUGUUGCGAUUCUAUGAGACUGAUUAAGGAUGGUUUUAUCGUGUGUAGAAAUUGUGGCCAAGUACAUGAUUAUUUAACAGCAGACGAGUAUGUGGAUUUUUAUGAAAAUAGACACAAAAUGAAAAGAAAGUCUGUAUACCACAGAAAAUAUCAUAUUUUGAAUGUCAUCAAUGAUAUUGCACAAAAGAAUAAUAUACAAGUUGGUUAUUAUAAUAGAGAGAAGAUUCUGAGAAUAUUUCGGUUGAUUGACCAAGUUACACCGCAAGUCAAUAAUUUUCGCCGAAAACGGUUUAUUAGUGUAAAUUUUAUAAUAAAACAACUAUUUGACAUUUUAGGAGUAGAAUACAAGAUUAUUUCUCUUACUCGGUCAAAAAAUACACUACGAUAUUAUGAAAAUUGGUGGGAGAGAGUUUAUUCCUUGAUUAAGGCCGAUAUUAGCUGUCUGGUUUCUCAGAAUUUGGACCGGAAGUAGGGAAAGCCCCCAUUGCUCAUUGAUCGAGAGACCCUGGGGAAGAGGUUGUACCUCGGGUUAACUUAUAUGGAGUACUAUCCAGACUAAGGCGUCCGCCAUUUUGUUUCACUCGUUGGAACCCGAUAGAAGCACUUAUUCAGUUUCUAUUGGACGGGAGAGGAACUUUUUAGCGUACUGCUUUUCAAAUCUUGUCACUAAUGGAGCAAAAUCUACAAUUGUUUCAUCGAGGACUGUCAUUUCCUUCAGGAAACUAUCUUUAUUAAAGGCACCACCUCGCAGCGAAGUUCUCAUCCCGACUAACACUUUGUCGUAAGUAGUGUAAGAAAACCGGGUCAUCUCUAUUUUUUUUGUAGUCUUUUGUCUCAGAGAAUGUUUUUAGAGCUAAACCAGCACCUGUUAUGCUUCCUAUAAUGGCUGGGUUGGCUGUCAAACCACCAGCAACUGUCCCGAUUAUUAUCAGGCCAGUUGAGGACAUAUUUAAUAGGAGAUUUAGUUUUUUGAAGUAUUUAUAGGCUUUUUGGUAAAUCCAAUAUUUAUAAUGGUAAUAUUUAUACAGUUCUUUAAUUUCCUGUAUCUCUUCUUUUGUUUUACUUUUGUCAAUAUGAUUAAAGUGGAAUAUAUUUUCCUUUUGACUCAUUAUAUUAUUAGUUUAGACAAAUUAGGCUUAUGGUAUUCGACGAAACGAAACGAAACGAAACAAUUAGUAUUCGACGAAACGAAACGAAACGAGACGAGUACUGUAACUUGUGAAAUCACAGGUGUCCCAAGCUCACGUUACGAGUUUGUUAUGUGAAUUAACUUUCUCACAAGAGAGUCGGUUUCGCGUUACAAACAACCGUUGAGACUUUGAAUGAGAAAUACAGUACUGAGAUCUCCGAACGCUAAAUAUCAUUAUUCUUACUUAUUUUUCUAUAAAAUAAAUAAAGGACACUUACUUUUGAUGUAUUCCUGAAGUAAGUUUAAAAGAUUAUGAUAAAAUUGAGGAGCAAAUUAAAAUAAUAUCAAUAUAAAUGUAUUUGGAUAUGAGAAUAAACAGUUUUAUCCGAUUUAUGUAUCCAAACAGAAAAAUGAAGAUAUAUUGAAUCUUUUAUUAAUAACAGAAGAUGAGAAUAAACAUUAUGUGUUAAUUAAGGAUUUUAAUAGAAUGAUGUAUAAUAAGACAAAACAUAAGGAGAAAAAACACUUUUGUAUGUACUGCUUACAAAAUUUUACAACAGAACAAAUUCUUUUGAAACACAAGGACAAUUAUAUGGUUGUAAACGGAAAACAGGCAAUAAGGAUGCCAAAAAAAAGGUGAAAAUAUAUUGCAGUUUAAAAAUCAUCCAAACCAGAUGCCAGCUCCAUUUGUGAUAUGUGCAGAUUUUGAAGCGGUUACAGCGAAGAUGCAAGGAUGUGAGCCAAAUAAUAAAAAAAUCAUAUACAAACAAAUAUCAAACACAUACAAGCUGUAGUUAUGGUUACAAAGUAGUUUGCUGCUAUGAUAAAUAUACAAAAACGGUAAAAAUAUAUCGAGGAGAAGAACCAGUAAAAAAGUUCAUGAAAGAAAUGUUAAAAGAGGUACAAUACUGUGAAAAAAUGAUUAAAACCAAAUUCAAGAAACCAUUAAAAAUGAGCAGUGAGGAUGAACAAAAUUUUAAUGCUGCUAAAGAGUGUCAUAUUUGUGGUAAGAAAUAUACUAAAGAAGAUAUCUGUGUAAGAGAUCAUUGUCAUAUAACAGGUCAAUAUAGAGGAUCUGCGCAUGAAAAAUGUAACUUGAAAUUAAGAAUAAACUCAGAAAAGUUCAAGCUGACAGUUAUUUUUCAUAAUCUUCGUGGGUAUGUUUCCCAUUUUAUAAUGCAGGAGAUAGGAACAAUUGGAAAACAGUACGAAUUAUAUAUUAACUGUAUUGCCAAUAAUAUGGAGAAAUAUAUGGCUUUUAUGCUAGGCAAGCAUUUAGUAUUUUUGGACAGUUUUCAAUUUAUGUCCAGUAGCCUAGAUCGUCUUUCAGCCAAUUUACCAAAAGAUAAAUUCAAGUAUACACGUAAAGUAUUCAAAAAGGAGAAAUUAGAAUUAAUGACCCAAAAAGGUGUAUAUCCAUAUGACUAUAUGUAUUCUUUUGAGAGAUUUAAUGAGACCCAACUGCCAAGCAAAGAUGAUUUCUUUAGCCAGCUAACCCAAGAUGCCAUAACAGAUGAACAAUACUGUCAUACCACAAAAGUUUGGGGAACAUUUAAUUUACAGACUAUGGGUGAUUACCAUGAUUUAUACCUGAUGUCUGAUAUUUUACUAUUGGCAGAUGUUUUUGAGAAUUUUAGAAGUACAUGUUUGCAGUAUUAUAAAUUAGACCCAUGCCACUAUUAUACAUCACCAGGAUUGAGUUGGGAUGCAAUGUUAAAAAUGACAGACAUAAAAUUGGAGUUAAUGACUGAUAUUGAGAUGUUUCAGUUUAAAGAAAAAGGUACACGUGGAGGUAUUUCAUACAUCACCAACCGAUUUGGGGAAGCAAAUAAUAAAUACAUGAAAAAGUACAACAAAGAAAAACCCAGGAAGUAUAUUAUGUAUCUAGACGCUAAUAAUUUAUAUGGUUACGCGAUGAGCCAGUAUAUUCCAACAGGUGGAUUUAAAUGGCUAACAGAAAAGCAAAUUAAUAAGAUUAUGAAUAAGACAAUAUUAUCUGAUAAUAAAAAAGGAUAUAUAAUUGAAGUUGAUUUGGAAUACCCUGAAUAAUUACAUGAGCUGCAUAAUGAUUAUCCCUUAGCUGCAGAAAAAAAUGAAGGUAACAAAAGAUUUGCUUUCACCAUUCUGUAAAACUAUUCAGGAGAAGUUUGGAGUAACAAUAGGGCAGGUAGCUAAAUUAACCCCAACAUUAACAGAAAAGAAGAAUUAUGUAUUGCACUAUAGGAAUUUACAACUUUAUCUAUCACUAGGUCUGAAACUGAAAAAAGUCCAUAGAGUAUUAGAAUUUGAUCAGAGCUCAUGGUUGAGACAAUAUAUUGAUUUUAAUACACAGAAGCGUGCGGGUGCAAAAAAUGCAUUUGAAAAGGAUUUUUUCAAGCUUAUGAAUAAUUCAGUAUAUCGCAAAACUUGUGAAAAUUUAAGAAAGCGUGUUGAUGUAAGAUUGGUGACUGAUAAAAGUAAGUUAUCCAAACUUGCAAGCAAGCCAACAUAUGUUAACAGUAAAAUAUUCACUGAGGACCUUGUUGCGGUUCAUAAAAUCAAAGAA